AUGCCCAUCUACCAAGAGUUAGUACUCAUUCUUUUGGACAUCAGGCAGCAAUGGAAAACUCACCAUGCCUCGCUUCACUUUGUCAUUCUGCGCCUCGUUGAGCUUAGAGAGCUCUCAGAAGCUGUAAGGAUAGAGGAAGUCUCGACCUCAGAGCUGGACUCGCUACUGGAAGAUGCUGAGGCGGUGGAGGAAGAGGGGAAGGUGGUGUACUCCGUUUCGCUGUACAAGGAUGAGCUGGGUACUUCGGGGGUCUCAGAGCUGGUCGAGCUAACAGACGUGACAGGAGAGUCGGAAGAGGAUGUGUCAGAGGGUGUUACUGUCGGGACGGGCGUCUCGAUAGUACCAGAAUCACUGGUCAACGACUCCGAUGGCGUCUCGGAAGGCAAGACGAAGCUGCUAGUGCCUGAAGUUACCGACUCAGUGUACGAAACAAGCUCAGAGUCCGUAGAGGAUUCGCUGAAUGAGGAUGACCAGUACGAAUAG